UUCCCGAUUGCCGGAAUUCUCACGAUCACCACUAGGGCUACGCCGCAGCUUGUCGGACAUUGGUCGUAAACUCUUUCCGGUACCAUCACUUCCUGUCGAUGCACUGCUAAUUUUGUUUCCAUUCGCCCAUCGUCCAAUCCUUGCGUUCCUUAUCUUCCUCCCUUUCUGGUGAUAUUCUCGGUGAUAUUCUUGGUGGUACAGAAAGAGCUUUGCAAUGAGUCCUCAAAAUGCUGGCAAACCAGCCUCCAAAGGCCUCGUCACAGGCGUUGUCGUUUUUUAUCUCGUGGCCGCCUUGUCGAUGGUAAUGGCUAACAAAUGGGUUCUCAACACGACGGAGACUCCUCUUUUCUUCCUGCAAAUGCAGCUUAUGAUCGCUGUCAUCCUGUUUUUGUUUUCCGACACGAUGCGAUUCCUUCCGGACAGGCUCACCUUUGACCUCAAGACAUGCAAGGGACUGGUACCGAUGGUAGGCUUGAAUGUUAUUGGACUCAGCUUCAGCAACUACACACUCAAAUACGUGGACGCUUCGUUCUACCAAGUCGCUCGGGGUCUUGUUUUGCCGUUCACCGUCGGGACGUCCUUCAUCGUUUUGCACUCUAGGCCUUCGCUUCGCAUAAUCCUAGCAUGUGUCGUUGUCACCCUCGGCUUUUUCAUCGGCGUUUUCCUUGACGGUACCCAUGUAUCCCUCGUGGGUGUAUCGUUUGGUGUGGUCAGCUCCGUGAUCACAGCUACACAUUCCGUUGUCAUCAAGCAGAGUCUGAAUGUCGUCAACGGCAGUGCCUUGUUGCUAUCGUGGUACACCAACCUUCUCAGCGCAAUUGUAUUGGUGCCUAUCAUCGUUUUGGCCGGCGAAAUACCAGGGGUGAUAAAGCUGCUGUUCGGAGUUGACGAGCUCGUGAGGUCGGCGGGUACGAUGAGCGCUCUACAAACAUUCCUGUGGGGUUCCGCAAUCACCGGUGUUCUCGGCUUCCUGAUGAGCAUUGCCAGUCUUCUGUCUAUCAAGGUUACCUCGCCUAUUACCCAUAUGAUUUCUUCCGCAGUCCGGGGCGUUGCUGCAUCGCUCUUGGGAAUGUGGCUGUUCCACGACAUAAUAACUACUGGUCGCGCAUCUUCCAUCGCCAUCAUCCUUUUCGGAUCACUUUACUAUACAUGGGUCAAGCACCAGGAGUCUCAGCCGGCCAUUUCAAAGGAGUACGACCGAGUUCCCAUGGACGAUGUUGAGGCAGGUCUCAGAAAAGAGAACCCUAAACCGGAGUAGAGUUUCAAUCUUAGGUAUACCCGGUUUCUUGCAUACUGGACGCCGCAUAGAAGGUCGUUUAGACCCCAGCAUAUAGAACUAAUAUUUUUACUUGCAUUGCGAAGGGUAUCGCCCUCUCGGUCAAACAGGCGCAAACGGCCCGGUGGGUAUAUAGCCGAGGCUUUUAUCUUUCUUCUUUUCUUCACCAUCGAUGCAGCAGUCGUGUUGCACUUGACACUUGGGUCUGUCAAUUGUUCGAGUAACGGAGCGGUGGUAGAUGAACGAUAGGAAAAUUUUCGGUCUGACCGAAAAGGUUCCUCUUUUCCUUUGUCGUCCAGGUAGUGCUUAGUAGACUGCUGUACGCAAUUAUAGAGCAGUCUGGCGGGGAAAUGAACAGCAUGUCAUACCUUCUGUACCAAUAGCAAUACAGCUCGCUAAGCAAAUUUUGCUGUUGUCAAUAAAAAUACAGUUCAUCGAGUCA